AUAAAAAAACCCUUUACAAAACCCUAAUUCCCUCACUCCUUAUAUUCUCUCUCUCUUCCCAACACAUUUCCUGCUCUCGGAACAACGCUCGCCCUCUCACAGAUCUGAUUUUUGAGCGAAACGUUUCUUCCGCGAACCGAUGGCUCUCGUCUUGCAUUCUUGGAAGACUAACAAAAAUGCUUACAAGGCUUUAAUAGCUGCGGAGUACAAUGGUGUCAAGGUUGAUCUUUCCCAAGAUUUUACCAUGGGCGUGACCAACAAGAGUCCUGAAUAUCUGAAAAUGAAUCCUAUUGGGAAGGUUCCUGUUCUGGAAACACCAGAUGGUGCUAUCUUUGAGAGCAAUGCUAUAGCUCGCUAUGUUGCUCGCUUGAAGGACAGUGGUUUAUUUGGCUCUUCUUCCAUUGAUUGUGGACAUGUUGAACAAUGGAUUGAUUUUUCCACGUUUGAAAUUGAUAUUCCUGUGUCAACUAAGUUGAGGCCUAGAUUUGGAUAUGCUGCUUUCCAUCCGGGUGUAGAGGAAACCGCUGAUGCUGCUCUAAAACGAUCUUUCGGUGCUUUGAACUCCUACCUUGCUUCAAACACAUUCCUCGUUGGACACUCCGUGACACUAGCUGAUAUCAUUCUGACAUGCAAUCUCUAUUUGGGAUUCAACUAUAUAUUGACUAAAAGCUUUACUUCUGAGUUUCCCCACGUUGAGAGGUACUUCUGGACAUUGGUCAAUCAACCAAAUUUCAAAAAGAUAAUGGGUGAGGUAAAGCAGACAGACGCCGUCCCACCAGUGAAAACACCUGAAGAGGCUGCAGCAGCUGCCAAAGCGAAGGCUGAGCCCAAGAAACAAGAAGAGAAGCCUGCAGCACCUGCUGAGGAGGAGGCACCAAAGCCCAAGGCCAAAAAUCCUCUUGACUUGCUUCCUCCUAGUUCGAUGAUUUUGGAUGAGUGGAAAUGUCUCUACUCGAACACCAAGUCUAACUUCCGUGAGGUUGCAAUCAAAGGAUUCUGGGACAUGUAUGACCCAGAAGGGUACUCCCUUUGGUUCUGUGACUACAAAUACAACGACGAGAAUACCGUUUCAUUUGUGACAUUGAACAAAGUUGGUGGAUUCCUCCAGAGAAUGGAUAUUGCUAGGAAGUACGCAUUUGGAAAGAUGCUUGUGAUCGGAUCAGAGGCACCAUACAAGGUGAAGGGACUAUGGCUUUUCCGUGGAAAAGAAAUCCCACAAUUUGUGCUUGAUGAGUGCUAUGAUAUGGAGCUGUACGAGUGGAAGAAGGUGGAUAUCUCGGAUGAAGCCCAGAAGGAGAGGGUGAGCCAAAUGAUUGAAGACCAGGAACCAUUUGAGGGUGAAGCUCUCUUGGAUGCCAAAUGCUUCAAGUGAGAAAUAGCGUUGUUUGGGACCUUAGAGGACUGACAGUUUGAGAGUAAUGUUUAUGUGGACUUUUUUCUUUUCUUUUCUUUUUCUUUUUUUGGGUCGAUUUUGUUUUCUGUCGUAUUUUGAAGUAGUAGAUUUUGUCACUUUUUAUUUAUUUCCCCAAGCAAACUGAAACCAUACCCUUUGCGUUCUAUUUUCAAGCUUUUGUUAGCUUAUUUGAGUGAUGCUAAGAUUUAUGUGAUGCCUCAUUUUUCUUGUUUC